UCUCACAACCUUGUGAGGUAGGUAAGUAGUAUUAUCGCCAACGUACAGCGCUGGAACUGGCAGGGUCUGGCUCACCCUCUGUGAUUCAGUUACACCCUGCACCACAAAAAAGUUCAGUGAAGUCAGUGAGACCGCUUGCAUAGUAAGCUACUACUCGCUGUGAGUGAGGGUGCCAGGACUGGGCCCUUAGAGCUUGGUACAAGGCCACGCAAAAAUCUUCCCAGUCCAGUGUCACCCUUCCCCUGAGUCAGUUUAGAAAUGUUUGGAUUGAGCAACAUGUUUGGAAAUCUGUGCCCUACAAACAUGAAUGUUUAUUACUGAACAGGUUAGUCAUAAGAUCCAGUAAUAUGAAGCACAGAGCACAUUUUAAACACUGUUUAGCAGAGAAAAUUCAGAACAGUAAAUGCCCAAGAAUCCUUCAGGGUAUGAUUUAGUCCAGCAUUGCUCCUGGGACUUCCUUUGUUUCUUCUCACUAUCUUUUAGACUGUAAACUCUUUGUAUUUGUGUCUUCUACAACACUGAGCAUGUUGUUGGUGCUUUACAAAUACUGAAUCAUAAUAACAGUAGUCAUAAUCCUUCUAUAAUGCCUCUGUAAUGUGAUUGCAGUGUUUCUAAUCUCUUUUCUUAAUGUAUAUGAUUAGCAGUAAUGUACUCAUCUGUAAAAUGGUAUAGUAAUACUCACCUAAUUCACAUGUUUGUAAGGCACUCUAAGAUCCUGGAUUAACAAGAGCUAUAUAUAUGCUAAGUAUUUACUAUCUUUUUUUUUCUUUUGGAAAAAUAGGCUUAAAAUACAUGACCCUCUAAAAUACAUGACCAUGUUUCAAUAUCAAUUGCAAAUUUUGUAACUUUUUGCCAUUUAAGGAAUUAUGUAUCAUGCAUUUUAUGUGGUAUUGUGACCUGCACAGACAGCUUUCAGGUGCCGGGAGAGCAGAGUCUGUGUGGAACUCAGGAAAUCAGUAUUAUAACUGAACCAAUAUAGUUUGAAAUGCUUUGAUAUGAAAUCAGGAAACUGUUUAAUUGCAACAUCUAGAGUUAUAUUCUGAUUUAUUUUAUUACUUUUUCACGUGCAGUUAUGCCCCUGCAUCUCUCUACUCUUGCAGAGUGUGCACCUCUAGCAACUUAAGUGGUUUGUAAUACCAUCCUGGGGCAUUUGUUUAAUACCAAGAUGAAAGAGAAGAGUGCUAACUACUGAUUACUAGCAACACUUCCUGCAGCACUUUGGUGUUACAUAGAGAAGAUGCCUCAAAGAACUGAUUAGAUUUUUAAGGCCAGAAGGGACCAUUAGAUUGUCUAGUCUGAUCUCUUGUAUACCAUAGGCCAUAGAACUUUACCCAGUUACUCCUGUAUUGAGCCUAAUACACUUUAGUCAGACACAAGUUAUGUUCUAGAAACGGAUCCAGGCUUGAUUUGAAGAUUUCAAGAAAUGGAGAGAGACGCCACCCCUACCCCUUCAUACUUUGUUCUAGCGGUUGAUCACCUCACUGUUAAAAACAUGUGCCUUAUUUCUUAUUUGAACUUAUCUGGCUUUAAGUUCCAGCCAUUCAUUCUUGAUAUGCCUUUCUCCACUAAGUUAGAGUCCUUUAGUCCCCAGUAUUUUCUCCCCAUGAAGGUAUUUAUACCUUCAUCCACUGAAAUCAUAUUAGCUAGUGACAAGAUCACAGGCCAAGGUGGCCUGAUUCCAGCUGGUACUCUGUUGAAGGGUUCCAGAGGGAGACAUGCCCAGAUCUCUUUUAUUGGAAGGAUAUCAAUUAUGACAUGGAGGUUUCUGAAUGGACAGUGGAUGUGUGGUCAUUCUCAUGGACUCCACCGGGCACUUGGAGUAUCCCCUGCCUGCACUCACAGCUGUUACAGCACAGAGGGGGAGGUGCCACUGCUGACGCUUCUACUUCUCCAUAGGAAACCCACCAGGCCUCUGUGGUUAACACUUAAAGGUUGCAUAAGUCAUUUGUGUAUAUAUAGUCUGGUUAAAAAUGUUGAGCCCAUUUUUCAAGCGUGAAAAAUACCUGUGCUGCACUGUUCUGAGGCAGCAUUCCCCAAAGCCACGCUCCCUUUCAGUUUAAAGGACUGAAACAGCUGUGCACUGUGUUUAAUUGUCAUGUUCUUAAUGAACUAUUUAAUUUUUUAAAAUAUAAUUUACUACUCCAAAUGAUCGAAUAGUGGAAACAAAGAGUUCAGUGUAUUUUAUUAACUAAUAUAUAUUAACCAUCUAUAGAGCAAGUUGAAUACCACAAAAAAGGUGUUUGUCAAAUGCCAGGGAAACUAGAAUAGUAUGCAACCAUCCCCACUUACUACACCUCUCUUGUUUUGGCUGUACCUUGGUUCCGUUUCUUUCCUUUCCUUCCUCCUACAGAUCUGUGUGUACACAAUACUUCUCUCACAUGGCUAUUCCCAUCAAUUGCAGCAGGCUGAAUUGGGCCCUGUUCUGUAAUGAGAAAGUUUUUACUAUUUGAUGGCUGUUUGUAAUGAGUUGAUGGACUGGUGACCACAUUACACAAACCCACCGUCACAACUGGCACCUCUGUGUACAUAUAGUGAAGGAAGGAGAUGGUGGACCAUCUGGUUAACACUGAAAUUAACAGCCAACGCAUUGCUUCCGUGGAAAACUGCUUUGGGGCAUCUGGACAACCCUUAGCUGUGCCAGGAAGAGUCCUUCUGGGUGAAGGCAUUUUGACCAAAGAAUGCCGCAAGAAGCCGAAGCCUCGGGUAUUCUUUCUUUUCAAUGACAUCCUCGUGUAUGGGAGCAUAGUGAUAAACAAAAGGAAGUACAACUCCCAGCACAUCAUACCUCUCGAAGACGUCACCUUAGAGACACUGCCGGAUACCUUACAAAUGAAGAACCGAUGGAUGAUUAAAACUUCGAAAAAGUCCUUUGUUGUUUCUGCAGCCUCCCUCACAGAAAGGAAAGAAUGGCUCAGUCACCUUGAAGAAUGCAUUAGGCAUCUGCUGACAAAGACAGGCAGGCAGCCCUCCACGGAGCAUGCUGCCCCCUGGAUACCCGACAAGGCCACUGAUAUCUGCAUGCGCUGCACACAGACCAAGUUCUCCACGCUUACUCGCAGGCAUCACUGUCGGAAGUGUGGCUUCGUUGUGUGUGGGGACUGCUCCAGACAGAGGUUUCUGAUGCCACGCCUGUCCCCCAAGCCGCUGAGGGUCUGUAGCCUAUGCUACAGGCAGUUGAUAGCAGAAAAGAAGAAGGAAGCAGAAGUUGACCUGAGACAGCCAGAGCAGAUUGACUCUUCCAUGACUGGUUAUGAACCAUCUAGUGGUGAUGACAGUGAUAAAUCUGAUGAUGACAAAGUGGAACGGUGGCCGGGAGACGCAGAGUUUUAUGCCUCAGAAGUACCUUGGUCAUCUUUCCAUAGUUGACCUUCUUACCCUUGGCUUAAAGCCUGAGGAGCCAAAUUCUGACUUCUGAUCCACGCAUAGCCCUCAGUAUUUUCAGUGGUGAGCGUACAUUAGAGGGUGAAAUUUAGCCCCUCUUUAUCUCGUUUACUUUCAUGUGUUUUCCUGAUUAAGUCAGUCUCUAGUGAUUUAAGAGAACUAGUAUUGUGUCAUAUUACUCUCGCAGGGCAUGGCCUACAUCAAGACAGUGUGGUAUAGUGGGCAGAGCACUGGACUGGGAACCAGUAAACCAAGGUUGUGUUCUCUGCCCUGCCAUUGGCUUGUUGGCUGAUCGUGGGCAAGUCACUUCCCCUCUGACUCAGUUUCCCAUUUGUAAAAUGGGGUAAUAAUGACAUUUUUUGCUAAGAGCUUUGAGAUCUACUGAUCUCUAUACAAGAACUAAGUAUUAUUGUUAUUGUCUCAAAUAUACUACUCACCUGGGGGUGGACCCUUUCGUUGAUAUUAGAGGGCCAUUGAUGGGGUAGCUUGUGCUGCUAUUGCCUGUGCUGUACCUCCUCUGUAGGGAAGAGAGGACUUCGCCUCCAAGGCUGGGAUUUGUCAUGAGCACUAAAUACAUAUAAAACAAUAGAACUAGAAAUCUGAAGUACAUGGAAACCUGGGCUGGUGCCCUUUGAUCUCAGUACAGUAAGAUACUGAAAAAUAACCAGCAGAGACCUGGGUUAGACUUUUAGACUGCCUUUUGCUCCCCAAGCUACCUGAAACUGGGAGCCCUGGGGAAACGGUGAUCUCAGGAACGGGAAGUCUUGUGUGGCUCUGAAGCGAAACCUGUUGACUUCUCAUGAGCAUCAUUAGAACAGCACUGGAGAAGUCCUCCCUCCCAGCCAGAGAACAGCCAUUGUGAUGACAGAAGGUAAUGGGAGAGUUAAGGUUUAUAUUAGGGGUGAGGUGAGAAAGAAGAGGCUGGCUCAACUCAGCAGAAUCACCCCACCCCUGCCGCAUACAUAUAUAUUUCCAGGUCUCAAAAUCAGUAACCCAGCCAGAUUCCACUGCCCCAGGGAUGGAAGAACCCCAGCCUGGUGGGUGAUGUAGCACAGGGUGGUAGAGCUAGUGCAAGAGGUGGUGAAGGGAUGGGUGGGAUGGUCAAAACUAAGGUCAGAUUCUAUGAGGUGCUGAAAUUACUCAAUGUCCAGUGACUCACUUGCUCAUUAAGGCCCCAAGCCUUUGCUGCAAACGUAUGUUGCAUAACUUCAAGCAUGAGCAGUCCUGCUGACUUCAGAGUUAUGCACAUGUGAGUGGCUUCAGGUUCAGGGCAUAACAUUAUAUGCUUAAUUAGAAUUGAACUUUGACAUUAAAGUUAAUCUCAAGUGAGACUGUGUCUAUUCAAAUAGCCUUUCGUCUCAUGUGUAACUAAAAUCAUUUACUAUCAGUGAAAAUUAGACAACAGCAAUUGUAUUGCAGCAAAUAACUGUACAACAAAAGCUCAGUUGCUACCUUUUCUGCAUAUUUUAUAUUGUGUAUUUUAUACUCUAGAGCAGGAAUUUAGUUAAAAGUAAUUUUCAACAUAUUUUUUCCUAACCAUAGUCCAGUCUGUCUAAACACUGAAUUGCAUGCCAAAUGACCAGGUUGGGUUGGUUUUUUUUAAUUAGUUCAAAGCAAUUAUUCUCAUGGGUUUUAUUUUUCCUUUUUUAUAUACUGCCAAUGUCCAGCCAGUUUGUAUUAUUCAACCAAUUGUCAAUAAAGCUAUGGCCGAGGAGAGGGGGAAAAAGUGACAAAAAAGUAAAUGUGCUGUUAUUUAACAAAAAAACAAGCAUUGGGUCAUAUGCUUUGAUCUAAACACAUCCAGUCUAGGGUGAACUCAGCAGCAACUCUUCAGUCAUGUACUGAACAUUGGGGUUUUCUAUUUACUACUUGAAAGUGAAUAUUACUGAAAAAUAUCCAAGUCUGCGGCUUCCUUUCUGUUUAUUCCAUUCUUUCUCAGCAGACUAAGUUUUCCCAAGACUCUUGCUACCCCUGCAGUAAUUGAAGUGGUAUUUUCUGUGGGGGGGAGGGGGAGGAGAUGGUGCAGAAAUGGCCAACAAACCUCAUGACCAAAACACAUGUUUCUGGUUUUUAGAGUAAUAAAGAACAUUGAGUCCUAUUUUUUUUCCAUCCCGCUUCAAAUUCUAGUUCAUAAUUAUGAACAGUGGCAAGCGCAUUUAUAAAGCUUCCCUCCCACAAGUGAGUAUAGGCUUCGCAAACAAAAUAGGACCUUAACAAAAAUAAGUAAUUACAAAUAUCAAAUACGAAAGCCCAGAACAGAAGCCCCAAACUUCCCUAAUGUGAAUCUAAACAAGAUACUGGGGUUGAAAUAUACUUGGCAUUUGAGAGCUCUACACGUGCUAUGAGUGCUUAUUUACAUUAGGCCUUUUUAGGCUUUUUUCUACAAAAUUUCUCACUGCUGCUAACACUGAUUUACCACCACCAGUAGUAGGCACGUUAGUGUAGACAAGAGUUUCAGAUACACAGUGCACAAAACACCAGGAGCCAUGCUCACAAUGGGUCUCCCAUGAUCACUGCCACCAGUGGAUCCAAACUAGUGGCAGCAAGGAGGAGACUGUUCAGGCUGCGGAGCCCUGGCACCACACUUAUUUGGUAAGUUUUACAACCAUUGCUGGGCAGGAAAUUUCAUAAAACUUUUGUUUCUUUUAAUUGCCCGACCAGCUAGCUGUGACUUGGGUGGGUGUUCAGAGCCUGGGGAUUCCUGGCUCCCAGCCCUGUGAACACACAGGCUUUACAGCAGGGUUUGUACUAAUACAAUACCACCUGCAUUUUUAACAUGACUAGCUGUUUGUUCAUUUUGUUUUUGUUUUGGCCUGAUCCUAUGACUGCUCCAUUGUUUUGGAAUUAAAUAAAUCCUUCUGCUGGCUUGAUUAUGGAAUUUUAAACAGGGGAGAGUGGCAACGUGCAGGUUUUGUGUGUUAAUUGCAUGACAACUGAACAUAACUUGGGCCUAUGUUAAUCACAAAUACUGACCUUGAGGGAGAAAGUAUCCAGGUUUGUUUUUUGGGGGAGAUCUUCCUGCAGCACUCGCUGGUGGCUGCUAUGCAGUGACACUACUCUUGCUGAGAGGGUUACCUGCCCCUCCAACUCCAGUGCAAAUGCCCCAUUUUGCAGCAGUUUUGGGGAAGUGUUGCCAGAUGUUGAGUUCUGCAGCUAGGCAACUGACCCACUGCAGUGCUUUCGGAAGAGCACUGCACGGUGUACGUGGUGUUAGAAUGGUGACAGCCAGCUCCACACACAAACUGUGAGCUAAAGCAGGGAGGACUAGAACCAGCUGACUACACCUGGACUAAAGUGGGUGCAAGAGCUGCAGGACCAGAAAGACAAGCUAUAGGAGAGGUGCAGAGCUGCAGGUAGAAGGGUUGUCAGGCAAGGGAAGGUACCGGGGCAAGGAGGUAAACAGGGGAGUAAAGUCUGGGCACUCAGAGAAGUUCAUGCCUGUUUCAAUAGACACUGGAGCAAGGGGGGGGGGGGGUGACAAGCCAAGCGAAAUGGAGACUGAGUGACUAAUUGGCAUCCAACCAUUGAGAGAGUUGGGAGACAUUUUUGGCAUGAGAAUGAGCUGCUUUUCUGGUGGAUGUGGCGGGGGUAACCUUUCUUUUUUCUGCAGCAGUGUAAGGGGUGUCCCCGAAGCUUUUGAGAGCAAAGAGAAACAUUCCAUUUGUUGAGCAAUGCAAAGAAAUGUCAGCUCUGGGGCAUGUGACCUACUGAAUGUGUUGGAGGCUUUCCAAGCAAAAUGACAGGAAAACAGAGCUAAAGUUCAUGGAAUGUUGAAAACCACAGCUUCAGCUCUCCAAAGUCAAUAGCAAUAUAAUGAAGUGAACAAAGGAACUAGCCUAGCAGCCUGCUACAAAGGCAGCAGAAUGAAAGGUAAGAGUGACCCAUCUGAGUUGUGAGUAAAGUGAAAUGAAAGGCUCUAAAGAGCUGCAGUAAAUUAAAGACAUGUUCUAGGCUUCUAGAUUCUAGAGGGUGCUGCCUGGACAACACACACUGUGUGCCACAGUGAUCAUACUGUGGACUGGGAGCAGCUUAUAAGCGUGUGAGGGCACCCCAGUAAGAUCAGCGCUGGAGAAUGGGUAUUUGAGUAGCCAAGUCGGAGAUCUGGCCUGCCAUUCACCAUUGGCUCUGCAGCAGCAAAGAGCCGAUCUUUCAGUCAAUGUGGGAUUUGUUUAUUUAUUUAAAGAAGGAACUGAGAAGGCAAAUCUAUACUGCGCCUUGAGGCUCAUCCUAAAAAUAUUGGUUCUGCUUGUCUGACUCUUUGGUCUAAGUUUUGGUUCUUUAAUAUGUAAAGAAGAACAAAGUUGCUAAAGCCAAAUUUGCUCUCAUUCACCAGAAGCUCUUGUAUAUUUUGUACAUGAACCCACAGCGAAUUCCCCUGCAACUGGGACCUGAGUGCUGAAUACGUAUGAUGGUUCCUCAAUACCUGUUGCUGUAAAAAUAAUAUUCUGCUUAUAAUCUAGAGUGGCUCUGUGCUAACUUUUCCCUCCUGCCUCUCAAUUGUCCUGCACACCCCAGCUCUACCAUGCCUGGGGCUUUCCUCAGCAAAGAUACAGAUGACUCGCUUGCACUACACUGAGUGGGGCUGUCUGAUGUGGAUGACUAGGGCAACAUUUCCAAACUUUAACAGCCUGCUUGGAAUACUAUUUACGGGAACAGUGCAAAUAAUCAUUUCACGUUAUAGUCUGCACCAGCAACAACCAAAAAGCAGCCACCCUUAACAGUUUGGUUUCAGAUGGAAGAAAUGUCUCAGCCAAGUGAGGCAGAUGCUCCACUGAAUUAGAGCAGUUUUGCACCUCUCUUCAACAGAAAGCUGGCCUAAAGCCAGCUUAGCUACCUUGCAAGGACUUCCUAAGACUUCCUCAGGUGCCAUAUCCAUGCUCUACCCUCCGGAACCCUCACAGCCACUGGACAACCCAGCAAUCCCUGGCUCCCACUGGCAGCUGGUGCAAGCUAGAGCAGUCUUCAGAAGGGUUUAUUAGCACUGGGGAAUAUUUUGUCCAAAAGCAAGAGACAAUCCUUUAGCAGCUGAUGGGCGGAUCCUUACAUACUAUUAAUUCUGCUGCACCUGGCCCAAGCCAACCACAGCCGGUUCAGCAGUGGCAAGAAGAGGUGUGCUCACUUAAGCCCAAUCUCAGGCUGCAGUUUUCAGGUGUUAGGAUGGGUGUGGAAGGAGUUAAGCAAGGCUGCAUCAGGCCAGAUUAUACCAAACCCCUAGGAACUGAGUUACCUAGAGACCUCCCAAGAGCUCCUACCUUCACACUGUCACAUGAACCACUUGGAGUACAAGCAGCAUGGUCAAAUAUGCUCUUGCGUGCACAGCCUGGUGAUAUAGCUGAGAUCACGCUGCAAGUAGAAGUGCAUGAAAAGGCUCUGGUUUGUAUGCUGGGUGCUUUUGCUCCCUCACCCCGAAGCUGCCACUUCUUUCACAGGGAAUCCAGAGCAUGCAACAGCUUAGGACAGGAAGUGAAGGGACAUAAAUAGUGCUGUGUUUUUUGCUAAUGCAAAACAACAAAAAAUGUAUGCCACCGAGCCAGGUCCUGCUCCCAGCAUGAUGGAGGGGUGGCUGGGCCAAAGCUGAGCCAGCACUGCACCCCUAUACACCAGGUCACAGUGCCCACAGCUGGCAGCAACCUCCACAGGACAAAAGCUGCAGCUGUGGGGUGAGAGCAGGACAGGCUUGUUCUGCAACCAGUGCUCAAUUUGUGCCAGGACUGAGCCCUGGCACUUGGAGGCUUGGCCAUUCAUAGCCCCAGCACCUCUGGGCUUGGCCAUUCAUAGCCCCAGCACUACUCUCAUUACAAAUUAAGCACUGUCUGCAACCCCCACACCCAAGGGCUUCCACCCCGCAGGGGGCAGGACGAAACAAAACAACCUAUUCCCAUAAAGUAAAAUGAAGAAUUAUAAAAAAUAAAAAGGUCACAGGGCUCUGAAAAGGUCUCCAGUAGAAACUGCUGCAAGUCCCAGAGCUUGAAUGACAGUGAGCAGCCGCAACUCCCAUUAAACCCAGCAGGAAUUGUGAGUGUUCAGCUGCUCUUGCGACGUGGAAAUAGUUAACCCUCGUGAGCAGGUUGUCCCAGCGAGGCUGCCAAAGCCGCAGCUUGUGCACUACUGCCACAAGUUCAAGGAACUUGUCUUUACUUUGCAAAUUCUAGUCAAAAUGAAUUAUGUGCCUCUUUCUCAAGAGGACUAAGAUUUUCCAUCCAAUACUAAUUUCUAGGGGAGGGCAAAAACAGGACCAAACAUCAGACUUUUGUUCUAUCAAAAACUAUUACAAUUUGGUGCCUACUCUUGGACUCAUGAAUAAACUGCAUACUCUGCAGUAUAGUAAUUAUUCAACACUUGGCUUUCACCCCACUGCUAAAGAUCACUUUGUAACUCACUGCGGGGAGGAUCAAAAGCACACAUCCUCCAAGGCAGCCAAUCUUUUUUCUUCUCCUAACUAAAUAUAUUUCAACUCCUGUUAUUAUAGUUAUUUCAUCACACCACAUGUUUUGCUUUUAUAUUGUUACCCAUAAAAACGAUUUCAAAAUGUUUUGGUGUGACCACUUACACAAACAGGCUUUGAAAAAGGAAAAUGUUAGCUCGGGUGGGCAGGCCUCUCAUCUUCCUGACAGUGUAACAAGAAAGAACUGCUCACAUCCCUGUUAUCAGAAGAGUUACAUCCAAGGUAGAACAAAUGCGCCUGUGUAUUUUUCAUAUACGAUGCAUCUUCCAUUAGCAGCUGAAGAUUCUUUGGUCUUGUGGUUAAAGCAUUAGAUUGGGUGUUAGAUCUGGGUUCUGUUCAAAGCUUGCCACAUAAAUAAAUGGACGGAAGUAAUGAAAUCAAGCUUCUUAACUUCCUGAGCACCAACACACUAAGGUGGUGGGGCUCAUGACAGCGCCUGUGUCCCCCCGGUGCCACAUCAGUCUGGCAGCAGCUCAAGGAGCAGCUGGUAAUUGGCCACUAUAGUAUUUUUAAGUGCAAAGCCCUUCAUUGUGCAGUAUUAUGUGAUGCAUCCAGACAAACCAAAAUACAAACGUGCAACAUACACAAUAUACCACAGGCAUUAAAUACUGCCCCAGAGUGCUGUACCGGGGAUUGGGGCAACCAUCCACAAGCCUGGACACUUACGCAGGGAGUGCUGUGGGCAGAAGCAACAUGUUGUUGUAGCUUGCGCUGACUCGGCUGCCGCAGUGCCAGUGGAAGUGACACAGUUUUCUGCUGUAGAUGCAGGCUGGCAGGCCCAGGAUCAUACUGGAACAAUAAAUACUCCAGACACAACCAUUCUGAAUACUCAGUCAUUCCGCAGCAAAUUCCAGAUAGCCCAAACAAACAGUCUCUAAGGCCACACUUCACUCCAAUGGCAAGUCAGUUUAUAGCCAGUUCUAAACAAUGGACUUAAGUAGAACGUCUCCUGUGGCAGGUGGGCCGCAAAGGAAGCCUUUAUCCUGUGUGGCCUUGUCUGCAGAAGGCCCUUUUCCGGAGUAAAUUCCCACAGUGCUACUCUGCUGGCGGUUGUAAGGCUGGGAGCAAUCGUGCAGCCACAACACUGGCUUUGCAAUGGAGCUACAGAGAUGCAUCGUCACCAAGACUUCGCACAAGAGCAGGAGUCCACCGGCAUAGGUCAGAUUGCGGGAUGCUGGCCCAGGGCCUAUAGGAGGCAUUACAAUCUGGGUGCAAAAAGUGUAAGUAUUUAUCAAGGGUGGUGCCUGACUAAAGCCGCCCUGCCCAUUCAUCUACUAUGUGAAGUGUAAUCUGUGAUGUCACCGAUGUUCAUAUAAAACUGUAGUAACAGCCAUUAAAAAAGCCGUUCCAGGUGGAGCGACAUCAUAGCUUUGGUUUACGUUGAUUUUUAUUCCAUCGUGGCACAAUGUGUCAAUAAAGUGAAAAAUCCAGCAGAAAUGCUUAGUACUGCUGCUUGAGAGAGCAGGGGGCUUCGUUUUUUCUGUCAUUAGGGUAUUGCUAAUGAGGAAAUAGAAAAUGGCCUAUCCCUGCUUAAAAUCUGUUACCUUCUAUUGCAUUGUCUUAGCACACGGGGUCUCAUUGCUGUCGCAGCCUGGUCCUUACCUCUCUAUAAAAGUGUAAUGGUAAAACAGGCGUCGUCACACCAGUUAUGUCUUCAGACAAAACAGCUAUUCUUGUUUCAGGCCAAAGUCUUAAAGAAACAUACCAUGAUGUCCCAGGAAUUUUAUAAAACUUUAGUGAUACUCACACACUGAAUAUUAAACACAGAAGAGCUCCCUUCCCAGAUCCAUUGCUGAGUUCUAUAUUACAUUCUAGGAUUUAAACAGGAAGCCAAGAUUUUCAAAGGUGAUUCAUAAUUUUAGCAAAAAGAAGAACAGGAGUACUUGUGA